GCAACUUGUGUGACUACUGCCUCGGCUCUCUUGGGCCCUUCCUGUGCUGUUGCGGACACUACUACGUUUCUCAUGUUGCCUGUUGGGGGGCUUUGUAAGGUCUAUUCCCAAGCCCUGUACCCACAAGUUUUAGAGCGAGUUCUCUCUUGAUAUUCCGUUAAGCAGCUGGUGGAAUAAUUAACCUCCAUCAAACUUUCAUUCUCUUUGUCAUUAAAGUUCAGUUCUCCUCGGGUGACUAUGCCAGCAUCUGGAAGCAAAGGAAGUCUUCGCGGCGGGUGUCCCCGUUGCCUCUUUUCCGUCCACAGGGUUGUCAAUGACGAACUGCGUACGGUCUAUCCGGUGUAAUGAUUGGCGGAAGAGGUCAGAGGGCAAGUAGUUCACUAAUACCGACGGAAUUCGUGGAACAUCUAUGCAGCUAGCCGAGAAUUCGCGGCAUGAGUUGUGAUCUAGCUGAAGUUUCUGACAAUCCGAGACAUCCGAACAAAGGAAGUGAGCUUGGUGACAGUAUCGCCUUCGAUCCUAAAAAAAAUGUUGAGUGUGCAACUCGUUUAUGCCUUCCGGCUACUACUGUGGAGCUUCUGACUGGCCAAUAAAUUCUACGUUGGCAACUAAGCUAUGCCUGCACUGGAUUUACUGUGGAACUAAAGACAUCAACCAAAA